CCGCAGGAAAGAAGCUGAAUUAUUUAUUAUGUUGAGGCAGGGGAAGAGCAGCGUUGGAAUAAGAGUGUCUUGCGGGCGGAUCGAGUGCAUAUUUCGAAUGUAUGAGAGUGUUAGAGGGUGGACGCGGUUUUUCCCCCCCUUUCUUUUUAUUUUAAGUGCGCACAUUUAAACGCGCCUCCACUAAGCCGCAUGCUGUUUGGCUUUUCAAGGCAAGGAUCGUCACCAUCCCGCCGUGGCUUGACCGGAGGAGGAGGAGGAGGAGGAGGAGGAGGAAAGAAGGAGGAAAGGAGGAAGGACUACCGCUUCCAGUCAUUUUGAUCUGAGGAUACUCGGACUGUGCAGUAGUAGUAAAACAGGACAGUGAUACAGGACUGAAGGCGAGGUCAACUAUUGCGCAAUGAUGACGGGCAAAUCUGUGAAAGACGUCGACAGAUAUCAGCCGGUGCUCAACUCUUUGCUGGCGCUGGAGGAGAACAAAUUCUGUGCGGACUGCGAGUCAAAAGGUCCCCGGUGGGCGUCAUGGAAUUUGGGCAUCUUUAUCUGCAUAAGAUGCGCGGGUAUUCAUCGAAAUCUGGGGGUCCACAUCUCCAAAGUCAAGUCCGUCAACCUGGACCAGUGGACCCAGGAACAGGUCCAGUGUGUUCAGGAGAUGGGCAACGCCAAGGCCAAGCGUCUCUAUGAGGCUUUUCUACCAGAAUGCUUCCAGCGGCCGGAGACGGACCAGUCUGCGGAAGCCUUCAUCAGGGACAAGUAUGACAAGAAGAAGUACAUGGACCGGGUCAUCGACAUCCAGAUGCUCAGGAAAGAAAAGAACUGCGAGAACAUCCCCAAGGAGCCGGUUGUGUUUGAGAAAAUGAAAUUGAAAAAAGAGGGCAGCCCGAAGACAGGCUCUCAAGGUGUUACGGACUUGCUCGGAUUCGAUGGUCCAAGUCCGGCAGUUUCCAAUGGAGUCUCCAACACUACGACUGAGAGUUCUAAGCCUGCGCCUUCUGCCUUGGAUGUCUUCAACACCUUCUUGGAUCCUUCUACUUCCUCCUCAAACAACACAGCUGCCUCCACCUUCUUGCCUCAGAGCAGAGUGACCGCCUCUGUGCCUGAAAACCUCAGCCUCUUCCUGGACGCGACCCCCAAGAAGGCGGAAGGCGCUUUUAGGAAGCUGUCCAAGGACUCGAUUCUCUCCCUGUAUGGCUCCACCCCAUCAGUGCAUUUCAGCAGUAUGGCGUCCAAUCACGGCUUGUACAUGAACCAGAUGGGAUACCCCACACACCCGUACGGCUCUUACCAUUCCUUAGCCCAGGCUGCUGGGGUGGGCGGGGCCACGGUGAUGUCACAGAUGGGUGUCCAACAGAACGGCUUGAUGGCGGGACAGCAGAACGGGGUGAUGGGACAGCAGCAGAGUGGAUUAUUGAUGCAGCAGCGGAGCGGCGAGAUGAUGGGACAUCCGGCGGCGUUACCGCGGCAACAGUUUGGCGCUCAGCAGCAGCAGUGGAAUGUUGCACAGAUGACUCCGCAUAUGUCCGCCAUGAAUCUCUGCAACACCGGCGGCGUGAUGCAGUACACCAGCCAGCCCUCAGGGGGCGCCGCGGCCGAAGGUUCUGCACAUAUGACAGCGCACGUCUGGAAAUAGUCCAGGAUACGGAGAUUGACUGUGCUGAGGUCAGUACAAAAAUGGAAGAGGAGGAGACCCGAGUAAGACUAAACUACCUCUUCCUGACUCCCGGGUCUACUUCCUGGCUCCCGGGUCUACUUCCUGCCUCGGCCCAGCUUCACCAACGUCAGCGUUUGCCUUCAGAACAUUCCUCCCAUGCAGCAACUGGGUCAGACACGCACAUGGAUCCUAUUAUUUCUAUUAGUGCAUCUCAUUCGCCAGUGAGAUUUAUUUUGACGAUGUCCGGUGGAAUACGUUAUGGUCAUCUCCAACAUUAUUGAUCAUUCUAUUCCUCCUUGUUUGUGUUAUGCAGGGCAAGUGAGGUCAUAGGUCACGUGAAUAUUCAUGAGUUAGCCUGCACAUCGUGCUAAAAAUUCUAAAAUGUCUGGUAAAUGAGUUUAAAAUGUAUAGUAGGCCGUGUUAAAAGGCCUAUUAGACUAUAUAUCUUGUUCAAUUAGGAGCAAUAUUAUCUCUGAUGCACUUUGUCAGCUCAACCCCAAUGACCAAAAAUGGCCGCUUGGCAAAAAAAAAAAGGUUUGUUACAAUUUGGCAAGUUAGAACUCAUUAAAGGCAAUAAUGAAAAAAAAAUGUCCGAUACCACAACGUUAAUAGGGCCUUGAAUAUUAUCCGAAAGCAACAUUGAUCCGAUAUCAGCACAAAUCAAACAUACCGUAUUUCCUUGAAUUGCCGCCGGGGCUCUAUUUAAUUUAAAACGUCUUCUCACCCCUGCGCUUACCAAAGGCAUGGGGUAAAAGUAAGCAUGCGCUAAUUAAUUUAAAACCUCUUCUGAAUCCGGCGCUUACCAAAGGCAUGCAGUAAAAACUUGAGUGUGAUGUAAGGAUACCAUCAUGAAAAGCACAUUUAAUAAAAAAAAAAACGUUAUUAUGGUCCUACCUUUAUGUAACGCAUGUGUCAAAUACUUACAUACAUUUGUGGAGACUAUUAGGCUCUUGCCUUUCUAUUUACUCUUUGCGCGCUUCCUAGUCACGUAACCGCCACAGUCCAAUCAGCUGUAGUUGUAUGCUGGUAGCAGGAAGUGACUGGUAUGCUCUUGCUUUUGCUAUUUACUCUUUGGGAACUCGGUGCUCUCUCCCUCAUCACGUGACGAGGGAGUUCCCAAGACAACUCCAGCCGUGCCCUGCCUGUCUGUCAUACCUGCCUGUCUGUCUUACCAUCGGCUCCACAGGUAUAUUAAUAAAACAUAGCUGCUUACUGCUCUUUUUAGCAUAGCAGUAUUCAAUUGCUUGGACCUUAUAUCCUACGGAAUAGCUCUUAAUCUUCUUCCCUUUCUGCGAUUUCAAAUUACCGGUAUUGAAAUCAGCCUUCUCCAUUUUGAAAAUGAUGACGGGGGAAGUGUCGCUCGUGACGUCACGAGUUUGACCCGGCAGUAAUUCAAGUCAGGCGCAUACUAUAUGCCCUGCGGCAAUUCAAGGAAAUACGGUAUUUUGAUGAAGUGAAGUGAGUCAAACAGACAACCUAUUUCUUAUUACCCGCCUGGAAUGGACUUAUGCUGUCUUCAGGUUAAAGUUAUUGCUUUUUUUCUCGCAACAUUUGGUGGCCACAAUAAGUUAAAUCCAUGACGCAGUUAGUUGAAUGAUGCGGACACGUUUCUUACCGGACACUUUCUAAUACACUUGUUCAUUGCAAUUAUAAUAAUUGAUACUUCACAAAUGUUAUAGUUUGUGAAGUAUAGCAGGACUGCUUGUAUCGCACACAAGUAAACACACUGCAGGACAGGUUGUAUCGAACAUUAUAUCCCACACAAGUAAACACACUGCAGGACUGCUUGUAUUGAACAUGAUAUCACACACAAGUAAACACACCGCAGGACUGCUUGUAUCGGGCAUGAUAUCACACAAGUAAACACACCGCAGGACUGCUUGUAUCGAACAUGAUAUCACACACAAGUAAACACUGCAGGACAGCUUGUAUCGAACAUGAUAUCACACACAAGUAAACACACUGCAGGACUGCUUGUAUCGUACAUGAUAUCACACACAAGUAAACAGUGCAGGACUGCUUGUAUCGGACAUGAUAUCACACAAGUAAACACACUGCAGGACUGCUAGUAUCAGACAUGAUUUUAAAAACAAGUAAAGAAGCUGCAGGACUAAUUGUAUCACAAAUGAUAUCACACACAAGUAAACAUGCUGCAGGACUGCUUGAAUCGCACGUGAAAUCACACACAAUUAAACACGCUGCAGGACUGCUUGUAUCGCAGGUGAUAUCACACACAAGUAAACACGUUGCAGGACUGCUUGUAUUGGACAUGAUAUCACACACAAGUAAACAGUGCAGGACUGCUUGUAUCGGACAUGAUUUUAAAAACAAGUAAAGACGCUGCAGGACUAAUCGUAUCACACAUGAUAUCACACACAAGUAAACAC